AUAAUAACCGCCUUAUUUAGAACACACAAAACAAAAACCGAAAUUGAAAGAACGCGAAAAUGGGAUGGGUUUGGAGCGACGACGACAACAACGGCGACGAUUUUCAACGCAACACAUCUUCGGGUUCCGACGAACAUAGCUCCACGAGAAAAACCGUGAAAUCGCAGUGCAGAACGGAAGAGGUUGAGCCUGGAAAGUUCGUUAGGAAAUGCGAGAAAACCGAAGAGCUUCUCAGAACUUGCGCUGGAAGGCCUGUUGAAGUGCUGCAAUCAAACAAGGAGUACACGGAAGAAGAUAUCACUAAUGAGGUACUUAAAGGAAGAUCUACCACAUCUGGCUCAUCAAACCGUCCAUUAGACCAUGGUAUGUUCUUCCCCGGUCUACGAAAUGAUAUUGAAAACAUGGAGCGCAACUUCUUCUUUGGUGGUAUCAGUCGCUUAUUUGAAGCAGCUGAAGAAAUGAAAAAUGGCCUUUUUGAUGUUAUUGCACAGGCAGAGUCGUCAUCUUCAACCCCUACGAAGCGAGGAAUACCUAUUGAAGAGUAUGGUAGGCAAGAAACUCUUCCUAGAUCCCAGGAUAUGGAAUCAGGGGAUACUGAUUUCAGUGGAUUGGCAAAGGACGUUUAAACUAAAAUGUCUUGCAUACUUGCUAUAUUUUUUGAGUUCGAUUACGAGCAUCUGGACUAAAUGUAUGCCCUUUAAUAAUGUCUUUUUGGCAGCUGUUUAGCUUUUUCUUUUUUACUAGAAAAACUGGCUGAUGUUUUGUAGGGUAGUAUGAAAUUUUUAAACAAACUUAACAUUUUAGCUAGGUUCUGUGGAUGGGUGGUGAGAUUGUAGUAAUACCGCUACAACUUGUCCUAGAUGUUUUGGGGAAAUUCCCGUGUAAUGGAACUAAUAGAAAUUUCUAGAUGUGAGUAUUCAAUGAUAAGUAGUCAAAGUAUUCAUCUUUUUAUUUUAAAA